AUUGGACAGCCCCCGAGUACAUAAACUUGCACCAAAAAGAGAGUCGCGGUCGCGAAGAAUCAAAAAAUACUAGUACAAAACCUUUCAUUCCCGAACCCGAAGGAGUAAGUCCUUCUGAAAUACACAACACAGGCAACACCUUCCACGCAUUCAAGGCGGCAACGGAAGUCUUUGAUUCUGAAUUCCUGCGAUUGGGUCAAAGUAAAGGAGGGCAAACUUUUCCUUGGAUAUCUCUCUUUAGCGUUUCAGUUCUUGAUCAAGCUUUGAAAAUGGUUUCUGGGUUAAUCAAUGCCAAUCCUGUUGUCUAUGAAAGAAAAGAGCGUCGAGUUCGGACUGCACCUUUCAGCGCCGAUGAAUACGCUGUAGAACCCAUUGACCAACAAGAGAUUUUUGAUCAUAUUAGAGAUAUAAAAGAUCCAGAGCAUCCUUAUUCUUUAGAAGAACUCAAAGUUGUUACAGAAGAUGCAAUUGAAGUGGAUGAUAAGCAUAGCCAUGUUAGGGUUACAUUUACCCCUACGGUUGAGCAUUGCAGUAUGGCUACAGUUAUUGGGCUAUGUUUGCGGGUGAAACUCAUGCGCAGUCUACCUUCUCGAUACAAGGUGGAUAUCAGGAUAGCACCUGGAACUCAUGCAACUGAAGCUGCAGUUAAUAAACAGCUGAAUGAUAAAGAACGGGUGGCAGCAGCAUUGGAAAACCCUAAUCUCUUAGAUAUGGUUGAUGAGUGUCUGGCACCAACUUAUGCUUGACCAAGUGCCAUCUGAUGAACAAAUUCAGUUUAUGGCUUGUUUGAGGGGUCCACCGUAGCACCUGUGGUUCUUAUUUACUGAAGUAGCAACAAUGUGUUAGCUCCACAAUUUAUUUUGCUUCCUUUCGUUUCAUUCUUUGGUGUUUUGAAGGUUUAGAUACUGUAUGAGGUUUUCUGUGAAGUUCAACUUUGGGUUGGAAUUAUUGAAAUUGAUGCAAAUGCUUAUUUACUUUGACCUUUGCC